CAAAAUGCUGCCUAAAUUAAAUCAAAGUUCUUCAACUCAAUAAGUCAAAUCACAAGAUGAUUAAAGUUUAAACGAAGCAAAAAGACGUUAAAAACUACUUGAAUUAGAAUAAUAAAAUGUUGAAAACAGAAUCAAAUAACUUACUAAAGAGAAUGAGAAACUGUCCAAAAAAGUUUAAAUGGCAGAAUAAUUAGCUCUAGAUGUUUAUGCUUCUCGUCUUGCCUAAAAGAUUAAAGUAAUUAUUUGUUUCUUAUCAUAAAACUUAGAAAGAACAAAAAUUACAAUAAUAAUCUAUUGUAGAUCCUUUAAGAUAUUAAUAAACUUAAUAUGAAAGAAUGAAUCUUAAAAAAAUGAAAUAAGAAGUUAAAGAUAUGAAACAUAAUGAUGCUCUAUAGAUGAAAACUUCAAUUAAAUACGAAUUAAUGAGAACUAGCCAAGAAUAAGCUAAAAAAGCAUAAAAUCUUAAAUUGAGAGCUGCUCUAAUUAAAGAAGAUGAAAAAUUGUCUUAAGCAGUCAUUCAAGAAAAAUUAUAAGAAAAACAAUAAAAAGUAAGAUUGAUACUAGAACUUGAAAAAUAAAAGAUUCUUGUUGAAAAUGAAAAAUAUGAAUACUAAAUUAAAUAACUAGAAGCCUAGGAAAUAAAAUUAGUAGAAAAACUAUAAGCUACAUAAUAGAGAGAAUAAGAUGUUAAAUAAAAAUUGAUGGCAGCAACAAGAUUAGCUCCAGAAGAAUUUGACAGAACUUAUUUGGGUGGAUAAUCUAUCAUUUUUGAAUAAAAAAAUAAUGUAAUUAUCUUAAGUAUAUGCAAAUUUAGGAAAAAACAUAAGAAGAACAAAAAGAAUAAUAAGAAUAAUAAGAGGAAUCAUAAAAAAAUGAAUAAUAAGAAGGUAAUGAAGGAUAAUAAGGAACCUAAACUGAUUGAAC